GGCGGGUCGCCGUAGGGAGGAGCAAGCGUCGCCCUAGCAACGGGCAAGGUUUAGCUUAGUUAGCAAUAGAAUCAUUCUAAGGCAAACUGAGUUACUGGUUAAGGAAAAACGCCUUAAACUUCCAGCUUACUAACCGAAGCUGUGAUGGCGACGAGUAACCCGUCCGUGUUUUUGCUCACAGUGAACGGGCAGAUAGAAGGAGCGAACUUUCCAGAGUAUGACGAUUUGUACUGCAAAUACUGUUUCGUCUACGGUCACGACUGGGCUCCCACCACGGGGUUGGAGGAAGGCAUCACACAAAUAACCCGUAAAAACAGCCAAUCUUCACACAGGUUAAUAUGGAACUUUCCACUGGAAACAACGUUUAAGAGCACAAAUCCUUCUGGAUGGCCUCAGCUAGUAGUGAGUGUAUACGGUCCAGAUGCGUUUGGCAACGAUGUGGUCAGAGGCUACGGAGCAACACAUGUCCCCUUCACCCCUGGACAACAUACAAGAACCAUCCCCAUGUUUGUUCCUGAGCCGACGUGGAGACUUCAGAAGUUCACUGGCUGGUUGUUGGGACGGCGGCCCGAGUACACAGACCCUAAAGUAGUAGCCCAGGGUGAAGGCAGAGAAGUGACUAGGGUUCGUUCUCAAGGCUUUGUCACAGUUUCCUUUCACAUCAUGACUAAAGACAUGAAGAAAAUGGGAUAUGACAUCGGACCAUCAAGCCCUGCAAACACAGCAUCUGUCACAUCUGGCUGGUCAACAGAGGAACAACAAUGACAUCUAAUAAGAGACUGUUGGAAAUUUGGGACAAUUAACCUUUUCACUCAUUCUCUUCCCACAAUGACGUAUUUGUCUGCCAAAGUAAUACAGAACGCUCACAUCAACUAAUUUAUUUGUUCACCUCUUUGAUAGCAUGUAAAUCCACAAUCCUGCAAUGCUAAAAAUGCAAUUAUUUUGAUGUGAUCAUAGUUAUUUAGAUAUUUUCUAUUGUCCUACUUUGCUAUUUUUUUAAAAAACUUUUUUAAAAUAUAUGUAAAUUUCAUCAAAAGCCUUGUGUGAAAAUGUUUGUUUCGACCUUGUGGUUUAAAAAAAUAUUCAAGGACACAGACACCCGAGUUACAGAGCUGAAGUGAUACACAUUUUAUUUUGAACCGAUGCAGCUACAGUUGUCCUCAUCCAACAGGGUGUGGCCUGCUGCGUUCGUUUGUUUAGAUGCCGUUAAAAUACCACAAUGACUUUUCCUACAAAAACCCAUUACACAGAAUAAUAAGGUAUACAGAAGAACAGUAUGUUACAAUAGUACAAAUGAUAAAUUAUAUUAUACAGUUAUAAUGCCAAUGGGUUGGGCACGUAUCCAAUUAAAAAAAAAAAACAAAA